CCUUUUCCAGCCUUCUUUUUCGCCACCAAGGAAAGACUCCCACACUCUUCAUCUUACUGCUAUAUGAACAUACUAUUCUGACCCUGCUCGCACUUGUCUGCUGCUACUUCUACUGAAUACCGUCGGCUUGCUGCCGCUAACUGUGGUGCUCGUUUCCCAGACCAAAAACCCACACCCCAUCCCGCACUUCGGCAGCUAAACCCACAUACCCACCAAAACAAUGAAUCGCUUACGGACCUACAUCCCCCUACACAACCGUCGAAACUCCAACGACGACCGGGACCACGCCCUCUCCCCAAGCAAACGCUCCCCACCCCGCCGCCGCAUCACCUACCUCCUCUUUACCCUCUUCGGCUUCCUUGCCCUCUACCUCCUCUCCCACUCCGUCCCCCAAAACCAUCCCAUCCGUCUGAGAACAAACGAGCUGGCGACGAACGUCAAGGCGGCGGUCGGUGCGGGGUCGAAGGGACCGGAUACGCUGGUGGUGUAUGUGUAUUAUGAUGGUGUGAGGAGCAGUGGCGACCCGGAGCCGACCUAUAAGGGAACUCGACCGAUUCAGAACGAGAAUAUUGAGUUCUUUUUGAAGCAUGGGCUGCAGUCUAAUGUGGAUAUUCUGUUUGUGCUGAACUCGCCGUUACCGAGCAAUAUCACAAUUCCGGAGCACUACCCUAACAUCUAUGUCUGGCAGAAGGAGAACGCCUGCUACGACCUCGGCUCCUUCAAACAAGGCGUCGAACGCAUGCGCGACGUUUACAAAAAGACGUACAUAAAGUAUCUCGUAGUAAACGCCUCCGUCCGCGGCCCUUUCCUCCCAACCUACGCCCAACACUCCUGCUGGGCCGACCUCUUCACCUCCCGUCUGUCGUCCACCGUCAAAAUGGUCGGCACAACCUACAAUUGCGACGAAUGGUUCCCCAAACACGUCCAGUCCAUGCUGCUCGCGUUCGACCAGGUCGGGUACGAUGCGGCCAUUGGGCCUAUGGAUUGCCCGAAGCAGUUGAGUGAGGCGAUCACCACUGGAGAGAUUAGGUUCACGGAUAGGAUUCAUGAGAAGGGGUACCAGGUGGAUGCGGUGAUGAGCGCGUUUCAUGGGAUUAAGGAUUUCGAGAGGGUGUGUAAUCAGAAGGAUGUCAACUUCCCGAACUUGUAUUUCGGACGGUCGUUGCAUCCGUAUGAGGUGGUGUUUAUUAAGAGUAACAGGAAUAUCGACGACCACAUCCUAGCGCAAUACACAUCAUGGCACAACAACAUGCGCUCGCGCUGCCCGUAUCACAUCGAAUGAAGACGCUAGACCGUCAACAAAAACGCCGGGGUCGAAUCCUCCGCUUGGCUAAAUACGCCAUCGUAUGACAGGUGUACUUCGACUGUAAAGCGGUUGGCGUAAGGCGGGUUGACGUACCCGGACAAUCUUGUAGAUAGAGGAUGGGGAAGGGAGGUGUGGGUCUACGGUCCAACGUACGUAGUAGCAUGGACGAUGGACGAUGGACAUGCGUGGACAUCUGGCCUAGCGGCCGAAGAGUCCCAAAGCCGGCGAUGUAGAUAUAUCGAUGCAUGACGUGAUAGAUUAGGGCAGGACGAUGUAUUUAUAAUUUCACUACGGGCACGAAUGGCCCUAUAUAUAUCUAUAAUUUAGGUCUUACAUAAGACUGCAUGCGGGGUG